AUGGCCGCAAGCCGCGAUUUCGAGGCCGAGCCUGUCCUCGAAGCUGCCUCUCAUGAUGAGCAGACGCCUCUGCUCGGACGCGACUCCGGCGAGUCAACAUCACCGGCUCCCCCGGUUUCCGUGUCGUUCAGACGAGGCCUGGUAAUUUGCCUCGCCAUGGGAGCAUUGAUAUUCAUCCAGGCCAUGAACAUGACGAUGAUGACUACGGCACAGUCGGAGAUCGCGACGGAUCUCAAUGCCUUUGAGGAGACCACUUGGUUCAAUUCGGCUUUCAUGAUCGCUGCGUCGAGUGUGACUCCUGUAGCAGGGCGCCUGGCUCAGAUCUUCACGCCUCGCAAUUAUGUUCUCUUCUCAUGCGUCUUGCUGGCCAUUGGUCUGUUCAUUACUGCUGCAGCGCCGUCGCUAGCCAUCUUCCUCCUAGGUCGAGCUAUUAGCGGUACCGGCGCCGGUGGUCUUAUGGUCACUGGUAUCAUUCUGACCCUAGAUCUGGUGAACCAGAAGCGACGAGGCGUAUUUAUUGGCAUAGUCAACUUUGGAAUGACUAUCGGGGUAUCUCUGGGAGCAGUUCUCUCCGGGUUGAUAGUGCCAAAACUUGGAUGGCGCAUUAUUUUCUGGGUGCAGGCGCCCACGGGCUUGGUGCUGGGCUCUAUCUUGUUCAUCGCCAUUCCGUCCCAUCCGCAAUCUGAAUAUGAAUCCGGGACCACAAAGACUGCUGUUUUACUACAGAGGCUGAAAAGCAUUGAUUACGCUGGGGGUUUGACCUUGGCAAUCUCAAUUUUCCUUCUGCUAUUUAGCCUUGCUUCUCCGAGGAUUCCCAUUACGCCAAUCAUGCUCUCCUUUGUCUUCUUUGCUGCAUUCUGGAUCAUUGAAUCAAGGUUUGCAGCUGAACCUAUUGUUCCGACCGAGGUUCUCAAGGCGAGAGGCGUCUCGCUCACAUGUCUGGCUGCACUGUUAGCCAUGACGGCUCGUUGGGCAGUCUUAUUCUACACUCCAGUAUAUGCAAUGGUGGUUCGGAGCUGGUCUCCAGCAACUGCAGGGUUGAUUUUGACGCCCACCAACGCGGGCUUCGGCUUUGGAGGAUUACUAGUUGGUUGGCUACAUAUUCGUCAUGGAGAGAGUUACUACUGGUCAAACGUCAUCGUCUAUUUCUGCUUCGCUUUGGCGAACCUCCUGCUCUUUGCGCUAUCCACCCAAACUUCUCACACGGCCGCUUACAUCAUCGCCAUGUUCGUCGACGGCUUCGCCAUUGGCGCAUCAAUGAACUACACGUUCGCGCAUAUUUUGUACCUCACCAAACCAGAAGUUCACUAUAUCGUGACCGCACUGGUUGGCAUGUCGCGCGGCUUCGCGGGCAGUUUCGGCUCAGCCAUGGGCGGCGGGUUCUUCCAGCGUGAGCUCAAGGCCGGCCUGCAAGACGGGUUCGCAAGACACGGCCUGUCCAAUAGGGAGGGGCUGAUCCAUAGGCUCCUCGGUAGCCCUGCGCUUGUUGGGACGCUGAGCGGUGCAGAGAGGGAGGUUGCUAUGCAGAGCUACGAGCACGCCAUCAAGAUGCUCCUUCUCGGUGGCUUUGCGAUCAUGCUUGUUGCCUCGGUUGCUCAAGCUGGGACGGGUUGGAAGGCGCCCGAGGCGCCGCCAUUUGAGGAGGAUCAUCCUGCGGAGGAGGAAAACUUGCAUAGGGAUUAG